UGUAAGAAUAUAGUGUAAAGUUUAGUAAAGGUAUAGAAUCGAAGACUCUCAAUUUUAUCUUUAGUACUGUGACCUACGCAGUUAUCGGAAGACUUUAUUGGAUAGCGGAGAGUAAAAGAGUUUGAAUAUCUAUUUUGUCUAUUGUCCGAAUUAAAUUUUUGCAUUGAGUGUUAUCAUUCUGCAUAAAGAAAUCUGAUCAGUUCCUGUUUCCUUUUGUGAUACAGGCAUUGAUUUAAAUCAUUAUUGCAUUAAAUCGUCAUUGCAGAUAUUAAAAUUUUUGCAAGAAAAUUAAAUAAAUCGUCAAAUUUAUGGCUACACAAAAUAUUGAACAACAGCAACGUAAGUUAAACGCUGAGACACUCCAGAAUAAAUUAGAUAUGGAAGAGGAUCAACGUAAGCGUCGCUCAUCAGAUAUGGAAUUGACAGUCGACGAUUCUUUAUUAGUUGAGAAAAAUAAUGGAGAGGACAACAGUGUAAAGCGAUUGAAUGUGGAAUCAUUGAAACCAUGGUUAGGCAGUAAGAUUAUCACUUGGGGACCACCGGUAAUUGAAAUUCUCGAAAUUGGCAAUUUAUACGCUAAAGUCGCCCGGAAGACUGGGCUCUUUACUGUCCUUUUGGAAGGUCCACCACACAGUGGAAAAACAACGCUUGCCGCACACAUCGCAAAGAAUUCAAACUUUGAAUUUUUUAAAGUUAUUACACCUGAAGACAUAUUGAACCUUGAUGAAUUUGACAAUGAAACCGCAAAAUGUCGUUAUAUACGAGAGAUGUUUAACGAGGCAUAUCGUGCGUCAUGCAGCUGUAUUUUAAUUGAUAAUAUUGAACGUCUACUGAAUUACUGUCCAAUUAAACAAAAGUAUUCUACUAUGAUGUUACAAACACUUUUGGUGUUAUUAGAGAAAUCACCGCCGCCUGGUCAUAAACUAUUGAUUUUGUGCACUACUAAUUGGACAAAAUGUGUAGACGAUUUGAAAUUAAUUCCAACAUUUAAUGCCAUUCUUGAAGUGCCAUUUUUGUCAACCAUUGAGCAUGUGUUAAAUAUAUUGACUGAAGUUAAUCUCUUUUCGAAACAUCAAAUGGCUUCUUUUAAAGCAAAGCUUCAAGAAAAACAAAAAGUAUUGAUUGGUAUUAAGAAUUUGCUUCGCCUGAUAAAUAUAGUACGUGAAAUAAAUUCAAGUGACAGAGUCGACGACUUUUUGGCAAAAUUGGAGGAUGAAGGUGAACUGCAUUGA